AUGGCCAACGGUUUCCUCCCAUACCACGAACCUGGAACCGUUCAAAUCCUAAUAAUCGUCUCAUUCUUCUUCUUCCUAUCGCUCGCAAAAUGGUUCUCGGCAAAGAUCAUUCACGCCGGCAUCAUCGGCCAGAUCGCUGUCGGGAUCAUCUACGGCGUGCCCCUGGCCAACAUCCUCGAGCAUAACUGGCAGGAAACUUUUCUCGCCCUCGGCUAUGUCGGAUUGAUUCUGAUCAUUUUCGAAGGCGGUCUUGGCACUCGCGUGGAUCUGUUGAAGCAGAAUUUUACUCUGAGUAUGAUCGGUGCGGCGACCGGGGUUUGCUUCCCUAUUGCCCUUUCUUACCUGCUGCUUUAUCUGGGCUUUGGAUAUGGCGCGGUGGAGACUUUUAUUAUAGGCGCUGCGCUAUCAGCUACCUCAUUGGGCACUACUUUCGCCGUGAUCAGCUCGGCUUCGAGCUCGGUCAAUCUCGCCGAAACGCGCGUCGGUUCAAUCCUCGUGAGCGCCGCUGUCAUCGACGAUGUAGUAGGGCUCGUCAUGCUUAGUGUUAUCGGCGAUCUAGGCAAACUCUCAGACGAGAAUGUCAACCUAGGCUGGUUAAUCGGCCGUCCCAUAGUGGCAUCAGUGGGAAUGGCAAUCGUGACCCCCAUCGUCACAAAAUGGGUCUUUGCACCUUUCUUCCGAAAAUACAUCGAGUACCACUUCGCGCGCUUCGACCACGUCUCGAACAUCAUUCUCAUGAUCCUUGUUCUUUCGGCUUUUGUUGCCAUUGCCGGUUUCACUGGCACAUCGGUAUUAUUCGGUGCAUUUUUGGCCGGCGUGUUCCUCACCUAUAUUCCGAGCAAGCGGCCAGAAGGGCCAUUUGUGGUGAUGAGCCGCGAGCAGGGCGAGCGUGAGGACGAUAAGAGUCCUACCUUUGUCCACACUUUUGAGAAAUAUCUCCUAGCGCCUCAGGAGUACUUGAUGGAGCCUUUAUUCUUUUCUAGUAUUGGGUUCGCGAUUCCGUUUGUGCAGCUGUGGACAGGGAAGAGGAUUUGGAGAGGUGUUGUUUAUACGCUACUGAUGGCUUUUGCUAAGUGCGUUGUUGGAAUCUGGGUCCCCAUAUGGCAAAUCGGGAUGAAAGGCAAGUCUCAAAGCACAGAAUCGCAGGCAAGGACCAAAGGGGAGAAGAAGAGGAAGAGAAGCCACAUCGAGCAAGUUGAGCAUAAACAGCAAUGGAGACGGGCUUGGCUCGCUGCAGCGCUGCUUGGGUCUGCUAUGGUGGCCCGAGGUGAGAUUGGUCUGCUGAUCAUUGAGAUUGGACACAAUGAGACUCCGUAUGUCAGUGACGAUGGGUUUAUCACUGGCGUGUGGGCAAUCUUGUUGAACACAAUUAUUGGCCCGGUUACUGUUGGUCUGAUGGUUCGGUUUCAUGCGCAGGCCAUUGAAGAGGGUGAUUGGGGGUUACAGAGCUCUUCAAUUCCUAUGGAAGGCGAGGAGACUGGCCAUGGUGCGGUAUAG